AUGAACAUGGUUGCCAUCUAUGGAACUCAGAACAAUUUGUGUUCAUCGGCCAUGGCGUACGUGGUGAAGAAGUCAAUGAAGCAGCCACUGCAACUGAAAUGCUGUGUAAAAGUUCAUCUUCAAACUUGGAUCAUCAAAUUCAAAUGGGUAGAAAGGAUAUCCGAUCAAAGUGAACAAGAAAAGGAGCUCGGAGAUUCCCUCGUGGAAACCCUACGUUCCUCAGAGCUAGCAGAAUCUGGACUGGUCCGGUUCUCUGAACCGAUCCUAUGGAUCCGUGGAGUCGGCGAAAACCUCAAUCCGCGGGAAAAUGGUGAAGAAACUAUGCACCUUGUUCGAGUCCUCCUCGAAGAAGACCCCAGAAUCAAAAUUGAAAGUGCAUUGGGAGUUAUGCACGACGACGACACUAUUUCAAUUGUCCGGGACGGAGGAGUCGAUCGUGGUUAUUUAACGAGCCUGCGCGGGGUUCAGUGA